AUGCCACGGCCUUCUUACUUCAUCACGGCAUUCCACCAACGCUUCUCGGGGUUACGCAAAAUCAGGAUUCCUUCCAAAUACGACAUCGUCACCGGUUUCGUCUUCACGAUCUACUUCUGGUCUUUCAUCGUGUUCAAUUUUCUGCCUGCAGCGACCAGCGACGACCACCACAGCGAGCUCCCCGCCGGCUGGCUGUCGUGGAAGUAUCCCAGCCCUCGAAGUAACCCCGACGAGUGUGGAUGGACUGACGUAGUAACAUGGGCAGGAGAUUUAACUCGGAAUAUAUCAUGGAUUUGCGAUCCUGACCAUAUACUGGGAUACAAUGAAGCUUAUCAUUUGGCCUUAAAAUUGGAUGCAUAUCACCGAGAUUCUCUGUGCGAUUGUCCCUCGAACUGUUCGCAUGGAGGAUACCGUAUUGCUGUUGCCUUGGUUGAUCGUCUCAACACCAAUGGUGAUUUCGAGCCGAUGAAAACCAAAGCGAAGAACUUUGCUCAGGAUGUCCGGGUCUCGUGGUUCGAUGAUGUCGGAUGUGAUGACAAUGUACUCAUCUUUUACAGUCUCUACGAUGACGAGUUAUACAUCUCAAUUGGGGAAACAGUGGAGAGAGUCAUUUCUGAUAUUGAACUCGUCCGACUGAACGGUAUCGGCGAUCGAGCCUUAGUUGGGAAGAUAGUUUCCACGCCCACGCCGCAAGCUGGCGCUGUUCAAAUUAACGAUUCCUUCACCAUUGUGCCGACCACCACCAUCACCGACAUCGCGCAACGCAAGACGACCACGGGCGCGGGCAUCGACACGCUGGUCAACGAGGUCCAUGUGGCGAUAGCCAACGGGCCGAGUGUCUCGUCGAGGUUGGUGUAUGGGGCGGCGGUACCCGUCCUUUUGGUGCUGAUGAUCCUAACAAUGUGCCUAUUGGCUAACUGGUGUUGUCGUCCCGCCUACGGCUACCACGAGCCCGCCCAAAGAACCAAUAAGACGAGAGAGGAAGAGGAAGAGGAGGAGCUAGAAAAAGAAGAGGAAGAGAAAGCGAAAGCGUGAUCACAUGGCCAAGGCUCUCAGUCUGUAAAAUUCAUGAUGAAUGAACUAACACUUUCUAUCCCCAUAUAAAUAUGUACAUGUACAAGGUGAUAUUUUACUUCAAAAUCAAUAUCAGCCUUUCUUAUGGCGGCAGCACGAGCAAGAAUACAAACAAUGUAGGGAUACAUUAUUGGAGCAAUGUCACAUAUUUGAAGAAAAUUAACGGGGAUCAAACAUCACUUAAAAAUAAUGUUUAAAUUCCCCUAAAUUAAAACCGGUUUAUAUAUGCCUCAUCAUAAGAAUGGGGGCUCUUAUUAAAGUAAAAUGUCACAAAAUUGAAUUAAUAAGAUACAGAAUUUAUUGAUUGAUAGGCAUUAAAGGUAAAUUAGGUAGACUGCGAAAAGGUGGCUAACUUACCUAAAAUAUGACACUAAAAAAAUCGUAUUACUUCAUGUUUUUUAUUCAAUUAUCCUUUUCAGGACUACCUCGGCAUUUUAUCUCUUAUAAUGAGAUUCAAUCAAAUCUGUUAAUUUCUUUGCAAAGCUCCUUUUCUUGAUGGAAAUGCUGUCUUUUGCGAUUGCCGUUGGUCUAUUUUUCUCAUUGAUAUCAAAAUAUACAUAUGAAUCGUCUCAUACUUAGAGCACAUUCAUGAUUAUUCUAGUAUUCAAACAAAGUGCGCAGAAUAUAUACGCGAUGCGAAAUAAAUUCAUAAUCCAUGAACUAUUAUAAGACACGAAUAUAAAGAGUCAAUUAGUCAUGAAGAACAACCACAUUUUUAUUGUUAUCUUUAUAGAAAAUGCUGGAUUGGCUGUCUUGCAUAAAAAGUAUGCGAUUCUGAUUGGUUGACAUUUAAAUUCAAACUCGAACCCGCGUCCUAUAUGCGAUCGUGACUGGUUGACAGUAAACUCCCAACUUAAACCAAGUCCUAAACAUGCGAUUCUGAUUAGUGGAUGUCAAUUACGUAUCAUUUUGGAAUCGCGUAAUCGUAUAAUUAUUCGCUACUUUUUAUGCAAGACGGUCCAGUGCCUAAAA